AUGGCUGACGCCGUAGAAAACGCUGCCGCUAUUUGUUGUUUCUUGACACCGAAAUAUCAAGAUUCAGAAAUGUGUAUACAAGAAUUCCAGUAUGCAAUGGAGCGCAAAGUUAAAAUUGUUCCCUGUCGAUUAUGUGCUAAUUGGAAACCCAGCGGUGCAUUGGGUUUCGUAAUUGCCGGUCGUACGUGGAUAGACUUUCGUGACACUGCAGACCGACCAUUAGAUACUGCAAUUCAAAAAUUAAUUGACCACCUACAAAUGCACGUUUACGAUGCAGAACCCGUAUUUUUCCCAGAAAAUCGGCCAUACAAUCGCCCUCACGCUGUUGAUAAUAACGAUCAAAACGUGCCACCACCACCUGUUAUAAGCACACAAGAUAGUAAUAGUGUUGAUGUCACAACCAACAUGAGAAAUGCCGCGACAAAGGAACCAAAUGCUCGUACCAAUGAGCGAAAUUCGACCAGCAGCGAAGAAGAUGGCACAAACAGCAUAGCAGCGUUUGAAUCAGAACUACAGCCCAAUACAACCAGUGACGAAAUCCCGUCACAACCAUCUCCGGGCACAUUCCUGCCCAGUCUCAUCGACGACGUCUGCUCUAUUGAAGGGACUAUGCGGUUUACCAUCAUAUUUGAGGAACCCGCACGAUUGCUACUUCCAAUUGAAGGAUAUCAAGAUGCACCGUUAUUACCGUUGGCAGAGGCUAUCAGACCCGUGGAGCAUUUAAUCGAUCCGCAUAUUAAAGAAAAGAUUUAUAUUGCAAAACGGAAUUGUGAACAUCCAGAAGACGGCUUAACGCAAGACGAAUCGGCUUCGAUACAAUUGUACAGUAUGGAAGCUUCACGAGGUGACGAAAGUCUUUACUAUGUUCUAAAUGAAUAUUUGCGUCAUAAAGAUCGUCGAAAGCUAAUUCCAUUUUUCGCAUAUUUAAAACUCAUUUUUACUGCUCUCUGGAAAUUACCAUCUCACAAAGGGACUGUCUGGCGUGGAGUAAGACAAAACAUCAGUGAUCAUUAUAAAGUUGGUGAAGAACUUAUAUGGUGGGGUUUCAGUUCGUGUACCGAUUCACUCGAUGUACUUCAAUCAGAUCAUUUUCUUGGAAAUUACGGCCCUCGUACCCUGUUCAAUAUUGAGUGCUACAGUGGUAAAAUAAUUAGAAAUCAUUCUUUUUAUGGCGCUGAGAGUGAAAUUUUAUUGUUACCAGCAACACGCUUCCUUAUCUUGGGUAAAAUGUCACCUGCUUCGGAUCUUCAUAUUAUUCAAUUAAGGGAAAUUGAAGGGCCGUUUCCGUUGUUGAAACCACCAUUCGCGCAUCAGCCGUCAGUUAUGCCCAUAAAUUAUGGAGAGUACAAUGAAGGAGAAUUCGAUAGUGUACCUUCGCCAUCUACUUCACGGGUCGCUCGUUCACGAGAAGUUGAAGAGCCGUUGCCACUAUUGCAACCACCAUUCGUCCAACAGCAGCAACAACCAGAGCAGCAAACGACCACAACACAUGAAAAUCAACCGUCGGUUUUGCUUAAAGUUGAUAAAGAGGCUAAUGACCAAAAAUCCGAAAGCGCACUUGCUAGUCAGUCAGCAACUUCUCCGGUCAGUCGUUCACGAGACGAACUGAACCCUGUAGCAAAGAAACGUUCGAGCUUCUGUAUGUUACUCUAA